AUUUUCACCGGUGUUUUUGAACUAACCUGCAACGUGAUUAAGUGUUAAUGAAGGAAUAUCGAAUGAAGUACACUGUGGUAGAAAUGUGUAAUGGUAGAUACGUAGUUUUAUAGAAUUUAUUUUGUUGUUUGUUUAUUAUUUUCUGAUAAUUCUUGUUGUUAUUGUUAAGUAGGAAACUUUAGACUUCGUAUUAUCUUAUUCUAAUCUAUGUAUGACUUAAUUAGGAUACUAGUAGUCGUCCAUAAUGAAUAUCAAGUAUGCUCCAUGAAGCUGUGUGAGAAUUGAGAAGCAACAACCUCUGGCACCACCCGUGGAAUGCCCACCCCAAUGUCUGUAGUACUAUGUUAGCAGCAUCUACUGUCUCCGUUUGAUAACACAACAAAAUACAAAGCUCAAUAGUACAGUUUAGAACAGAGAUGUGAUACGAAAUGCAGACAAUAAAUUUCUUACCUUGCGAAUGUCAGAAAUGUAAAGCAAAGCCUUUCGAAAAGAAAACAAAAUUCAACAGUAGAAAAAUCAGGCGACUAGAAUAAGAUUUGUUUUUAUGCGUUUUUUCCGUGACUAACUCAAUAUCCUCUCCCUCACGGCCCUCACCCAUUAUCAAAAUUUGAAUCUGAAUCUGAAUAUUGAUGAGAGAUUAGCCAUCAUACUAAAGAUAAGACAGACUGAGGGCUCAGCAUGACGCUUUGUAACGUGUUAGCGGGAGUCAAAUAUCUUGAGAAUCAGGCGAACAAAUUUGACCUUUGACCCACAGUACUUCACCUCUAACCCCUAGCAGCGACGACAGAACAAAGCAACCCGAGUCCCGGUUUACGCGAGCAGAAAACCCGUCAUAGAAAGCAGGUUAGACAUGGCGACAGCAGGACACGGGUCUCACACUGGAGUAGAGCAGAACCGCUAUGAUGGGUCUCCCGCCGAGGUUUCUCAGAUUGCCGAUGACAGCAAAUCAAGCGAUGCUGAAGACCACACGGCAGCACAGAAAGUCAACUUAAAAAACGCUGGUGAGAAACCCUUCAUGUGUGGCGAAUGUGGGUACAGGACAGCUCAUAGGUCUAACUUAUCCCGACACAUGAGAACCCAUACAGGAGAAAAAUCCUACAAGUGUGACCAGUGCGAGUAUUCCACAAUACGGAAAUCCCAACUUGGCUGCCACAUAGCAACAAAACACGGUGGUGAUAAACCCUACAUGUGUGGGGAGUGUGGGUACCGAACAGUUGAAAAGUCUAAGUUAAAAGUACAUAUGAGAACCCAUACUGGGGAAAAACCCUACAAAUGUAACCAGUUUGACUUUUCUGCAGCACAAAGAAUCAAUUUGGUUACUCAUCAAGCAACACAUACCGGGGACAAACCCUACAUGUGUGGGGAGUGUGGGUACAGAGCAGCUCAAAGGUAUUGCUUAUCCCAACAUAUGAGAACCCAUACAGGAGAAAAACCCUACAAGUGUGGGGAGUGUGGGUUCAGGGCAGCUCUAAAGUCUCACUUAUCCCAACACAUGAGAACACAUACAGGGGAAAAACCCUACAAGUGUGAUCAGUGUGACUAUUCUGCUGCACGGAAAGCCGAUGUGGACAGCCAUAUUGCAGCAAAACACACAGGCAAAAAACCCUACAUGUGUGGGGAGUGUGGGUACAGGGCAGUUCGAAAGUCUCACUUAUCCCAACACAUGAGAACACAUACAGGGGAAAAACCCUACAAGUGUGAUCAGUGUGGGUACAGGGCAGCUCGAAAGUCUCACUUAUCCCAACACAUGAGAACACAUACAGGGGAAAAACCCUACAAGUGUGAUCAGUGUGACUAUUCUGCUCCACGGAAAACCGAUGUGGACAGCCAUAUUGCAGCAAAACACACAGGCGAAAAACCCUACAUGUGUGGUGAAUGUGGAUAUAAGGCAGUUAAAAAGUCUACGUUAUCACGACACAUGAGAACCCACACAGGAGAAAAACCCUACAAGUGUGACCAGUGUGACUAUUCUGCAGCAGAAAAAUCCAAUUUGGACAAACAUUUAGCAAAGCACACCGGUGAGAAACCCUACAUGUGUGGGGAGUGUGGAUACAGAACAGCUGACAAGUCACACUUGUCUAGACAUAUGAGAACCCAUACAAGAGAAUAACCAAACAAGGAUAAUCCGCUUGACAGUUGCUAAAUCGUCUGGUGUUUUUUUCCAGUACUUAACAAAACACAUGGGAGAAAACCAGUGUGGUCAAGGUCGCUACUAAGAUCUGUGACUAAAAAUUUGAUCUGAGACAUCCGUAAAAACUGAUGACGAACCGGCUUUGUGGAGAGCCUGGAUACAGGAUAAGUGACAGCCUGACCCUGUGCGACCCUUCCGGACAUUAAAAAUGCUUCCCUGCUGAUUAUUAAUAUUGUGAGUGUCUCUCUGAGAGAAGCCAUGUAUACUUAAAAGGAGAUCCUGUAUGUAAAACUUAUCUUGAUUACUUUUAACUUCUUAUGUUGAUGAGAGUCCACUGUGUAAGAAUUAUAGAAUAACUUGAUAGAUGCUCAUAGAAGAAGUUAACAGAUUUUUAAUAGGCAAGUGUUUGUCCAAAGCAAGUUAGACAUAGCAUUGAUUUGUGUUACUUUGUUAUAUAUCUAACAUUUGUAUCGUUAUAACCUUCUUUUUUCUACUAACUUUGAAUUCUAUUUUUUGAAAUAAUAUUUUGAAUGCGUUCGUCUUUUGUUGAGGAAACAUUAGACGUCGUAUUCCUACCUCAAAUCUUUGUAUUACUUAAUGUACUAGUAGUCCACCAUGUAUAUUAAGUAUGUUAGUUAUUUUCUGAUAAUUUCUGUUAUUAUUGUUAAGGAGGAAACUUGACACUUGACUUCGUCUUAUCUAACUCGUACCCUCUAACCAAUGUAUUACUAAGUAAGCAUAGUCCAUCAAUACAAUAUUAAGUAUGUUCCACGAAGCUUUGUGAGAAUUGAGAAGUAACACAACUUUUGGCACCACCACCCGUUGAAUGCCCACCCCACUGUAGUACUAACGCAAUAGAAGAUAAGAUUUAACGUC